AUGUCCAUCUGUAUGUAAGCUAUGCAGUACUGGUGGUGUGCUUGGUGUGAUAACGGAAGAGAAAGCCACCAUCCCGAGGUAGUUUAGCUGCUUGCGAGGAUGUUACAAGCAUUUGUACCUAGCUGGUUUGGAGGAAGAUCUGAAUGGAUAUUAUAGACAACUGAUCGAGAAAGGUGCCUCGAAAUGGCUGGAAGAAAACAUAUAUUUAAUUUUUAAUCUAAUACGCACGUCUACCAUUUGACGAUGGAUUACCUAUUCCUUACCGCGACGGUAGUUUUUACGGUGUACCAAAGAGUAGCAGGAAGCAAUUCGAAUUGUGGUACAAUAAGAAUAGGCCUUCUACCAACUCUCGGGAAUGACAACGUAUAUGACUCUGACCAACUAGUAGGGACGAAAUAUGACUAUUACAACACCAGUUUAACAAUGCAAGGAAAUUGUUAUCAUUUCCCAGUUGUCAAGAUCUCACUUCCAGCAGCUUUAUCACGUCUGAAGAAAAUAUCAGAUGAUAAAGUUCUCAAUCAACUCGGCCAAGUCCACGUCAUCAUUGGGGAGUAUCGCGCAUGCAUCGAAUUCUGGGCAAGAGAUCACGACGUGCCGUUCAUUCUCACCACUCCUGUGACCGUUAGCCUGGAGCGCCGCCUGAAGCGGGUCAGAGAAGGCAGACGAGUUGUCUUCUCCGCGUGGCCAUCAAUGGACGACUUCUACGCGCUGUCCACGAAGGUCUUGAACGAAAGUCGCCUGGCGAGAGGUAAACGGGCCAACAGUAUGGGGAAUAUGUUGAUCUUUCGACAAGGCCGUGAUGUGGAGUCUCUUUCUGUGGCGCAGUCACUGAACAAAGCCUUGAUUGAAGCCAGCGCGGGUACAUCAUAUGCAGUGCUCUCCUUCGACAACCAUGCGAACUCCGCAGAUAUGGUGAGCCGCAGAAUUAUUGAGGAAAAACCUUCAAUGGUUGUCUACAUUGUCAGGAAACCAUCAGACCUUACUGCACUAGAGAAGAUUUACAAAGACUUGGAACGGACCCGCGAUCCAGUGAUAGCAAGCAUCGAAUGGUUCUUCUGGGACAUGAAUGCUCAGUUUACCGGUGCCUUCAACCGAUUGCAGACGCCAAUGGGCUAUGACAUGGCCAACUAUUUUAACCUCAGGACUAUAGGUCUUCGUACAUUCGUCAGUCCCUUCGAAUUGCCCUGUCACAACCUGACUGAGGACAUCACCCGGCUGAUCGGGGAGUACGACGCGGCCGCCCUGGUGAGAUACAAUGCAGUGGUCUUGGUGCCUGCAAAGGACUUCUUCAGCUCGGAACUUCUGAUGAAGAUGCGUGAGAGGAAUAUCAAGCUAGCUGGGCAAAGCCAAGAGAUGCCCCCGACCCAGAUUAACAGCGGCUGGUCCUUCCUGGAUGGCUUCAGAGUCAGCAUUGGUAUCGACGUGGGCUCCCUGGUCCCAAAGAUCAUCCGGAACUUAGAUGAGCCAGAAAAUCACCUACACAGUACCGCGCGUACAGAAGGGAGGUGUUUUCCAGAUAGGGAAUACUACUACAUUGAAGUUUUUGACAUGGCAGCCAAUGAAUCGAUCCAGAUAUCCGAGUCGUCAGACAUUCCGAACGAUCCGACCCAUGUACAUGACUUCUACACACGGCCCGCGCAGUCUGGCGAACAGACCAGCAAUGAUAAAGUGGCAGUAGUUCUGGAGAGGCCAUUUGCUUUCAAACGUGAGGUGACCACGGGCACCAAUGAUGACUUCCGAGGAAUAGUGAUCGAUAUCGUAAGGGAGGUGUACUAUCGACUCGGUCAGAAGGAUAAAACAGGUGGCAAGAAGUACGAGUAUACUUUUGUCACGGUGCCGGAUAACGGCUACGGGAAAUAUGACCGGCGGACAAGGACGUGGAAUGGAGCUAUGGGCUCACUGCAGGCAAAUAAUGCCUCAUUUGCAGUGGGAAUGAUAUCCAAGACCAAGAUCCGCAAACGGGACUUUGACUUUUCUCCAGCCUUUGAGUACGUCGGGGUGACGUAUGUGCGACAGAAAUCACAGAUUUCUGUCACAAUCUUCGGCUUCAUGCAGCCCUUCGACACAUCCAUCUGGUGGGGGAUUCUAGGCGUCUUCAUCAUAUCUGGAUUAUUCAUCCGGGCAUUAGACUACUGGAAUCCAUUUUGGAACAAAGUCCCGCACGAUCACAGAUUCACCAUCAAGGAGAGUCUAUGGUACUCGUUUGGGACUGUCGUGCAGGCUGGCGGUAACUUCGCCCCAAAGACGGCGCCAUUGAAAGUGUUCUCUGUCUUUUAUUGGCUUUUUGCCUGGGUGCUCACUGCCUGCUACACCGGUAACUUGGCCAGUUACCUCACGGAGAAGUACGAUAUCGCACCUAACAAGGCCCUGGGCGAAUUGGUUUCCGAGUCAAACCUUCAAUGGGGAACUUUGAAAUCGUCCUAUAUGGACACUUACGUCAAAUCCAUCAACGAUGAUAACUUCAUUAAGCUUUCUAAGAAGAUGACUUAUGUGGAUAAUUACAAGGACGGGGUUGAUAAGGUAGUCCAGGAUGGGAAUUUUGCAUUUAUUGGGACAAAUCUACUUUUGCAUUACUAUGCAGCCAAUGAUCCCAUGUGUGAAGUUGGCCUGUAUCCGAAUUUCCAAUCAUUCACGGAACUCGCCUUUCCGAUGAGGCGAGACUGGGUUUUGAAACGAGAGUUCAAUGACGUCAUGGUUCACAUGCGGUCGGACGGGACACUGAAAGAUAUUUUGCAGAAAUACCUUCAUUACUCUAUAAAAUGUGAAAAGGAAGAAGAGGACCUCCACAUCCAACUCGACUGGACCAACCUAUCUGGCCUGUACAUGAUGCUGGCCGGAUUCAUCGGAUUAUCAUUUGUGGCUUUGUUUUUCAAACUGGUCUAUUUAAAGUGUUGUCAACGAAGUGAGGGAAUCAGAAAAAAUGUCACGGGAGCUUCUGAAACCGAAAAUUCGCGGCCGAUGAUAACGUCAUUUUAUGCUGAUGAAACACCAAUUUGACCUGCGUAGGAUUCAGUUCAACUCGCUAUGCCGUUCAACGGGAGCGUCCAUCUUUAUUGCAACACGCGUUACAAAACCUUAUUUGCAUCCAACUGUUAGAGGUCGCAUGUACCGCGUCAAUCUAGAUGGUCGACAAUUUGGACGGAAUUUCUCCAAAAUGGAUCGUGCCCAUACGGAUGUUGUAAUUUGUCACUAGUAUGAUACCGUUUGGUUUAUCUCCAAGUUAGACCAAAAUUCAUUUAAUAAAAGUUAGCUCCACAUAUCAGCUGUUCUGUUGUAUUAGUUUAGUUAUGAUGUUCUAUAUAUUGUAAAGCAGUUUGACUAUGUGUUAUUUAUUAGAAAGAAGUAGUAAGUGUUUGGGUGAUAUGCAUAAAACUAGUAAAUCAUUUUUACUCGAAA